GUAUUUGGAGUCCGUCUAAGCGAUACCGGCAAAGCACGACUUGCGAUGCGUACCAAAGGACUUGGGAGCAAAGCAUAGAAAGGAGUCGCAUACUGUGUUUACGUAUAACACGCUUGCCACAGUCUCGCCAUGGCGCUGAGUGGCUGGCAGAAGAUAGCCCUCCUAGCCGGACUUCCACUGACAGGGAUUCUGCUCUACCUGUUGCUACGACAACAGGAAGAUGCCGAUGAUGAACCCAGUAGGAAGCAGGCGAUGGCUCGACCGAAAAGCGUAGAGAUUGGAAUACCCGGCAGUAGUGUAGGACGGAUUAUUGGUCGUCAGGGCGCCAACAUUAAGAGGCUCGAGGAACAGAGUGGCGCGCGAUGUAAGAUGCAGGAUGAGGAGACGGCUGGCGGGGUGAGGAUGCUGCGGAUCACGGGAACGCCAGACGCGAUCAGGGAAGCCACGAGGCUGCUGAACCGCUCCCUGGAGGAGGUCACCAAGGGCAACCUCAGCUUCCAGAUGCACGUGCCAAACGAAGCGGUUGGGAGAAUCAUCGGUAAAAACGGAGCCAACAUCAAGGAUCUGAUUCUGGCGUCGGGAGCGCGCGUUGACGUCGAACACAAACCUGCGGCCGGACAGGACAGCAGCCGACGACGCAUCAUCACCAUCGCCGGCACGCAGCAGCAGGUCGACUGUGCAAAGGCGAUGAUACAGGAGGUGGUGGACGAACACUACCGUAGUGUGGCUGGGGACAGGCGGCGCCCCCUGGGUGGACAAGACGAUAAGUCGCAGCCUGGUGUGACAAGGAAUCAGCAGCGUAAAUCCUGGACGCAGUGCCUAACUGUACCAGGACGUCAGUCUGUCGCUCAGAGGCAACUGGUCCUCGCUGGACCAGUCAGUGCCUCCCAAUUAAUCAGUUUUUUCAACCUCUGUGAGAACGGAUCGCUGGUUGGCCACGACGGCGACGCGUAG